CGCUCUCGCCACAUCAUUUGUAUACUGUUGACGUUACAAACUAUACGAGGCUUUCUUAUUACGGGAUCGUGAUAUUCUGAUUAACUUUGCAGCAGAGAUGUAGCCGAUUACCGCAUUAGCCGACUAGUGCGGUAGUUUCGUAACUGUCCAAAAUAAUCGUGUAUUGUUUUAUGUAGUAAAUUUUAGUUUCGUUGUAUCGUAUAAUUAUUUCGCAACAUCUAUGUAAUAAGGUUAAAAUCUAUGUUAUCAUACUGUACACUCAAAUUUGCACACGUUCAGCAUUGAAAAUCAUAUAGGUAUCUACUAGGUAACUAUGGCACAUCUUCUAAGGAGCGCCUAUGUACUUGGCGCUGGGAAGGACUCUGAAGGUAAGUGAAAGACCAACAUCUCCAGAUUGUACAUGCGAUACGUCGUUACACGCUGUUAUUUUUGGAGGUCCACCCUGUCAACACAAUGCCGUCCAAAGAGGCAUGUCCCUAGAUGAGGGUAGACAAUCGCAGCGGCCAUACCGCUAUGGCAUGGUGCUGCUGUGCGCAGGCGCGCUCAUCAACUGGCUGGGGCUGGCGGAGGACUACGCGGAGCCCGUGCGCUACGUGGGGGUGGCCUGCAUCGUCGCCGGCGCGCUGCUCAUCUGCGCCGCCAUGUGCUGCUGGCUGCAGUCCCCGGCGCGGCAGCCACAGAAUGAUCGCGCUUCGCCAGACACCCACCAAAUUGACGAUCCCAUCCACGUAAUAUCGAUGCCAGAUGAGGAAACGAUGCAGCAGAAGCCUCCAGACUACGACACGGUGGCGGGCGCGCCGCCGACGUACGACGACGCCAUCAAGCUGAACCCGGCGCGGCUGCUGCCCGCCACCAGCAGCGCGCGCAGCCCGGCGCCCAGCGCCGAGGUCACCAUCAUCCCCGGCCAGCUGGACGAGGCGCAGGCCGUGCCCGUGCACGCGCCGCUCGCGCAGGCGCAGGUGCCCAAAACCCCGCCCCCGCCCUACAGACCGCCCCAUGCGAUCAGAUGAAAGGUCGGCCGGAAAGCUGUGUUACUUUAAAUCGACUGCUGUUUCAUGUGAUGUGACUUGUAAGAGUUGUAAAACUUGUAAAUAUGUAUGCGUGGAACCCCACGGAUAUAAUACUGUCGAAAUGUUGCGGUAUUAUUUUGAUCGUAUCAUACGUAUUAUCCACACAUGGAACGAUUUUACUUUAACUUAUUUUGAUUAGGAUGUCCAAUGUCGAGCGUAGGACCGAUGCGUACUUAUGUGAUAUUAAAAAGUAAAACGUUAAAUAUUAGGUAAUUAGUUACUUAAUUUACCUACCUGCUGUAUAUAUUUAUUGUAAAAUAAAACUUUUUAUAAAUUAGUUCGUUGAGUAGCAAGCAAAUAAUAUGUACCUAAGUAAUAACAUUUCUUCCACAUGGCAUGAACUCCUAUAAUUAAAUUAUUAUUAAGAAUAUGUAGGCAGCUAAAUUUAACGAUGGCAGAAGACCUAAGUUGAAAAAAAUAAUGUUUAUACCUAUAAUAGCAUUUAGAAUCAAUGGAAGCACUGUGCCAUUAAAAAAAAACUAGUUUUGUAAUAUUAAAAAUACAAUUGGUACAGUAUUAGAUAACUUCAA